AUGGGAAGUGCUGUGAGGGGAGAUCGAGGGAUGGGGAGUGCUGGGAUGGUGAGUGCUGUGAGGGGAGGUGCUGGGAUGGUGAGUGCUGUGAGGGGAGGUGCUGGGAUGGUGAGUGCUGUGAGGGGAGGUGCUGGGAUGUGUUGUGCUGUGAGGGGAGGUGCUGGUAUGGGGAGUGCUUGGAAGGGAGGUGCUGGGAUGGGGAGUGCUGUGAAGGAAGGCUCUUGCAUGUGCUUGGAGGGAGGUGCUGGGAUGGGGAGUGCUAUGAGGGGAGGUGCUGGGAUGGUGAGUGCUGUGAGAAGAGGUGCUGGUAUGGGGAGUGCUGGGAGAAGGAGUGCUUGGCGGGGAGGGCUUAGAGGGGAGAUGCUGGGAGCGGGGCUGCUCGGGAGGGGUGGCAAGGAAUGUUUGCUGGCAGGUCAUAGGGGGCUACCAGGGGAAGAGUUAGAGUAA